UAAAGGGCUGCCUCUCUCUCUCUCUGGGCGUUCCACACUCAUCUUCCCGCCUGCUGCUGCUUCCUGGGAUUAAAGCGUCUGAGGCGUCUGUUGCAGAAACAGUAACAGCAACAAGAGCGGGGCGAGCCGGUGACGUGGUAAAUCCUCCGUAGACCCGAUUCACGAAGGAGGCGGAGCCAUAGGUCCAGUCCUCUGAAGUUCUGAGAUAUCGUCACGGUGCAGAAAUGUCUUUUCUGUCCGUCCUGCUGCCUCUGACAGGCCUCCUCCUCCUCCUCCUCCUCUCCUCCAUGUCGUCAGUGGACAGUUCAGAGUCCAGCGUGCCUCACCCGAUCCCCUGUGUGACCCGGGGAGCCGACCUGAUGGAGGACGGGGUGGUGGUGUUAUGUCCUCCUGACUGCACCCAGGGGGGGGUGUCUGUGUUCGGGACGGGAAUCUACGCCUCCGUCUCCUCCGUCUGUGGAGCUGCUGUCCACAGGGGGGUGCUGGGUCCGUCCGGAGGCCCCGUCAGGGUCCACAAGCUGCAGGGACGCCACAACUACAUGAGCUCCUACGCCCACGGCAUCCAAUCACAGCCCCUGACCCAGUGGAGCGCCUCCUUCAGCCUCGCCAAGCCUGUGAGUGUUCCAUUAGAGCUGACCAGUGUCACCAGUACCACAGCUCUUCCUGCAGCUGCACAACCAGUGAAAAAGCCUCAGAAGAAGCCCUCAGUGAAGAAAGCUCUGACAGGUGGAAAUAAAGACUGUCAGAUCGACAUCGCCAUGGUGAUCGACAGCAGUAACAACAUUGGACAGCGAAGGUUCAACUUGCAGAAGAACUUUGUCGUCAAACUGGCCGCCAUGUUGAGGGUGGGACCGAUUGGACCACAUGUGGGCCUGAUACAGGCCAGUGAUUCUCCCAGGACAGAGUUCCUCCUCACCAACUACACUCAACCUAAAGAGCUGACGUUUGCCAUCAAGGAGGUGUCUUACCUGGGAGGAAACACCAACACAGGUAAAGCCAUCAUGCAGGCAGCAGAGACCUUCUUCAUCCAGGAGAACGGGGGGAGGCGAGGUCACCCACGGGUGAUGAUGGUGCUGCUUGACGGGUGGCCAUCUGACGACCUGGAGCAGGCGGCCAUGUUGGCACGUGAGUCCGGCAUCAACGUCUUCUUGGUUUCCGUGGCCAAGCCGGCGCCGGAGGAGCUCGCCAUGGUGCGGGACAAGGACUUCAUGAAGAAGGCGGUUUGUAAAGAUAACGGUUUCUUCAGCUACCUGAUCCCCGGCUGGUUCAGCACCACCAAACAUGUGAAACCUCUCAGCCAGAGACUCUGCUCGCUGGACGGCCUGCUCUGCAGUAAAACCUGCUACAACUCGGUCAACAUCGGUUUCCUGAUCGACGGAUCGUCCAGCGUCGGCGAGGGGAACUUCCAACUGGUCCUGGACUUCCUGGUGGGAAUUGCCAGGAGCUUCGACAUCUCGGAUAUUGGCGCUCGCAUCGGUGCGGUGCAGUUCACCUACGAACAGAGGCUGGAGUUCGGCCUGUUUGACCACCAUGACAAAGAGGAGGCCGUCAACGCCCUGAAGAGGAUCCACUACAUGAGCGGAGGGACGUCCACAGGAGAAGCCAUCAGCUACACCGCCAACAAGCUGUUCAGACGAACGGGACCAGGCCGCAACUUCCUCAUCGUGGUGACGGAUGGUCAAUCGUACGAUGACGUGAGACUCCCGGCGCUGGAGGCACAGAAACAAGGCAUCACCAUUUACUCUGUGGGCGUGGCCUGGGCCCCCCUGGAUGACCUCAGAGCGAUGUCAUCGCAGCCCAAAGACGGACACACCCUCUUCACCAGAGACUUCACCGGCCUCACAGGGUUCGUCCCUGUGAUCGUCAAAGGGAUCUGCCGAGACUUCACCGAGAGCAACUGAGCAACACGAGCACACACACUGUAAAUAAACACUUCACACGUUAACGACAUGGAAAGAUAGGAUUUACACUAACAACCUUUUUCCAUUUGAUAAAGGAGGCGUUGGAUCCUCAGCACGUAUGAACUCAUUCACUUUACAACUCAGAUUAUCUUUCAAAUGUAAAUCGAACACUAUGAAAAACUUUAAAUAAUUAAAUAACUAACAAACCACAGAUCACUAAUAAAGAUUAACUAAUGAACUGCAGCUCUGAGAUCGUUUAGAAUCUAAGAUGCUUCAUUAAAUUACAAUUAUGAGGAAACUGGAGCAGAAGGAUCUGCUGUGAAAAUGAGAUCAGAUUCAUAAUUAUAACUGUUCAUGAUUCAGUUUAUUUCUUAUUGACCAGACUUUAUAUCUGUAUCUUUAAUUCAUAUGAGAUCCUGUACAUAACAUUUUAUUAUGAGAAAACGUCUCCAGAUACUUUGUCCUUUAGAAAAUAUCAUUAAUGAAUAAUAACACAAAUUAAAAAUGUAUUGUAUUUCUUUUUUAUACAUUUAGUGGCAGUUUUUUUAUCGUUAAAUGUGAAGAUUUCACUUCUCGUGACUGAUGCACGAUAUUUAUCUCAAAAUGUUUCACGUGUUUUCUGGAGGUUUUGUUUCUGAUGUUUUUGACUCUGGAAAAAAAACACAAGAUGGUUUUUAAAAAAACGUUGAAUUGAUUCUUAACUUUUCCAUUUGGAGUAAAACAGACUGAGCUUCAGGUCGUGUAUUACGUGUAUUUUAAUAACUUUAUCUCUUUUGUAAGAAAAAAACUAGAGCAUGGAGCUUCAUUCUUCACCUUGGGAACAUUUAUCUGAAAUAAAACUUCCAAAACUUUAAAGUGCACAUGACAUUUUCCAUUGUACAAAAUUCCCUUUUCUCGUUUAUACGUGAACCAAAUGUUUUGAAUUGGUCCAUCAUAAUGAUAAUUCUAUUUUUUGAUGUCAGAAAGAAUCAAGAGAAACUUGAGUUGUUAAAUAAUUUGCAUUUCUACAGAACUUUGUCUCAGAGGGAAGAAACUAAUUCACAAGUCUUUGUAUUUGUACUUUUAAUUAUUAUUUCACUCAAACUGAUAAAACUCAGAGUUAAAUCCUUUGAACCUUUUCUUUUUGUAUUGUAUUUAUAUAAACCUUUCCCCAAAUUAGAAUAAACUUUUACUUUAAUAUCGUUACAAAGGGAUUUUGUAAAAACAAUCAUGAGAAGAAACUUCUAUAAGUAAUAAAACCGUACAUAUGUUCUUUCUUGUUGUUUGACAUUGACACAGAUGAUUAUUUCCCCUUUCAUAGAAUCAGUUUAUUAAAUGUUUGUAGUUUUGGAAAAGGAAAGAAAGGAUCAUGUUUAACACAAAAUGAUGAACAGGAAUGGAAAGAACAUCGAAUAGAUCAUCUGUGUGAAUGAAACCUCUGAAUUCUCUUCUGUUUGUAAACCUCUUGUGUUUCCCAAUAAAGAAUUCAUAUUUUUACA